AUGGAAGCCAGCGUGUUGAAACUGGGGAAGCCUCUGCAGGGCAGCACAGGCCGUGGUUUUGCUUUCACACCAUCGGGCAGUGGAAAACGUAAGCAGAACCAUCGGAGCCGCGCCGCGCCGAGCGCCUUCGCCUCCCGCCGCCCGCCGCCUCUCCUCAGCCGCCGCCGCCAUGUCGUCCGCGGCCGCCGCGCUGACGCGCACGCCCCUCGCGCCCCGGCCCGGCGCCCGCAGCCGAAGGGCUCGCCGCGGAAGGGGCUCGGCCCGGCCGACAAGGAGAACACGCCCCCGGCCGUCGGCGCGACCCGCAUCCUCGCCAGCAAGACCGCGAGGAGGAUCUUCCCGGAGCCCGCGGAGCAGGUGGGAGCCGCGCCGGCGCCCAGCCGCGAGACGGAGCCGCUCCUGAAGGAAAACCCGCGCAGGUUCGUCGUCUUCCCCAUCCAGUACCACGACAUCUGGCAGAUGUACAAGAAGGCGGAGGCCUCCUUCUGGACGGCCGAGGAGGUGGACCUUUCCAAGGACAUUCAGCACUGGGAAACGCUGAAGCCCAGCGAGAGGCAUUUUAUAUCCCACGUGCUGGCGUUCUUUGCAGCCAGUGAUGGCAUUGUCAAUGAAAACUUGGUGGAGCGCUUUAGCCAAGAAGUUCAGAUUACUGAAGCCCGCUGUUUCUAUGGCUUCCAGAUUGCCAUGGAAAACAUACAUUCUGAAAUGUACAGUCUCCUCAUUGACACUUACAUUAAAGAUUCCGAACAAAGGGAGCACCUCUUCAACGCCAUUGAGACGAUGCCAUGUGUGAAGAAGAAGGCGGACUGGGCCUUGCGUUGGAUUGGGGACAAGGAGGCCACCUACGGAGAACGGGUUGUGGCCUUCGCGGCAGUGGAAGGAAUCUUCUUCUCUGGUUCUUUUGCGGCGAUUUUCUGGCUCAAGAAACGAGGGUUGAUGCCUGGCCUCACAUUUUCCAAUGAACUUAUUAGCAGAGAUGAGGGCUUACAUUGUGACUUUGCCUGCCUGAUGUUCAAACAUCUGCUGCACAAGCCUUCGGAGCGUAGGGUGGAAGAAAUAAUUACCGACGCUGUGAGGAUAGAGCAGGAGUUCCUCACCCAGGCCCUGCCCGUGAACCUCAUUGGCAUGAACUGCGAUUUAAUGAAGAAGUACAUUGAGUUCGUGGCCGACAGACUGAUGCUGGAGCUGGGCUUUAGCAAGAUUUUCAGAGUAGAAAAUCCAUUUGACUUUAUGGAGAAUAUUUCACUGGAAGGAAAAACCAACUUCUUCGAAAAGAGGGUAGGCGAGUAUCAAAGGAUGGGAGUGAUGUCAAGUUCCACAGAGAACUCAUUCACCCUUGAUGCUGACUUCUGACGCCUAAAGAAACUGUACAGGGCCUUGCUUUUGGUGCAGCGGAUUGAGCGCCGCAUGGGAGAUACCCACAUGGUGCGGCAGAACUCUGUCUCGCCUGCUGUUCCCUUCAGCAGUCUAUUUAAAACAAAAAAUAUAAAAAUAUUUUUAAAAAAAAUAGGGCCUUCCCUCGUGGCACAGGCGGUUGAGCACCACGCUCUAAAGCUGUCCCCAAGCUCUGCAGCGCCGGUUUGCUCGAUCCCGGCCAGCGGCGAGGGCCCCACAUGGCGUGGCAGACCUCUUCUUUCACGCCCGCUGGUCCUCUCAAUGUAUUUCGUUACUCUGCCUGUUCUGUUCCCCAUUGUGUCUCCAGUGAAUCCUCUCACCCUCCCGCGGCUAUGGCCUGUACCCUGUUCCUCUAUGAAUAAAUCUUUUUUAAAAAAAAUACGUAGUGAUGUAAACCAACAUUACCUCGGUAAAAAUAUUUAAAAAAGGAACCUCCCUGGUGGCACAGGGUAUUAAGACACAACCUAUGAAGCUGUCUGCAGUCACUGUAGCACAAGUUCAAUCCCCAGCCAGGGAGCUACCCACAUGGUGCAGCAGACCUUUCCUGACUUGCCCUCUGCUCCCCACACUCUGGUGAGUUUUCUCACCCCCCCUCCCCCGCCUUUACCCCAGCUCUUGCAUGCAUAAAUAAAUAUUAAAAAAAAAACUACAGAUAUGUCC